CCUUAGGUUGGUAGUGUGGAAAGCUCUCGACGAUUGGGAGGCACAAUUCAGAUGAGUUCGCCUCGAGGGGCCUGCCGCCUACCUUGUCACUCUACAUGUGGCCCGACUGCACCUUGGCCGCACUGGCUGAGCAGAUCGCUGCCGCAGACCCCUCGUUGCUGCCGGCACAAGGCUGGCCUUUCGUGUUAUACCCGGACACUAGGAACGCGGCGGACUCACCUGGCGCUCACCACGCGCAGACAGAGAUCCCCCCUGUUUCUGGUCAACGACCUAGAGAGCGUCGUGUUAGGCAACAGCACGGCAGGCGCUAUUCUUGCUGCUAUCAGCGCAGAGGCGGUUAACGGAGACAUACACAUGGCCGAUAGGACAACGGCAUUAUCGGACACGGAUAUAGCCAAGGAUAAGACGCUUGGUGACACCAAGUUUGUAGUAGGGUGUUGUGACAGUACUUAAGUGCCGUUGUAGCAGUGACAACUGGGAGUCCACUUUUGUCAUGACAGUUAUGAGCCCAGUUCGC